GCAGGGCGGGCGGCGGUCAGUCCGCGCGCGCCCUCAGCAUGGCUCGGUGGCCGGUCAUUCUGGCGGCAGUGUUGCUGCUCGCCGCCGCCGCCGCGAGGAAGUCGCCCUCCGCGCCCGCGCCCCCGCCCCCGCGACACGAGCCCCGCAUCGAGGAGGUCACAGCCAAGCAGCUCGACCGGGUACUGGCCGAAAAGGACUUCGUCGCGGUCUACUGGUACGCAAGGAGCUGUGUGACGUGCGACAAGGUGCUGGAUGAGUUGGAGAAGAUCGACGACGACACGGACACGUUCGGCGUGGACUUCGUCAAGAUCAACGACAAGCGGCUCGCGAAGCAGUAUGGCAUCACGAAAUUCCCCGCCCUCACGUACUUCCGUGAGAAGGAACCGAUCAUUUACGAAGGAGAUCUCAUGGACGAAGAAAGUGUCCUGGAUUUCCUGACGAGCUUAGAAGCAAUGGACCUUCCUGACCGGAUAGAAGAGGUUAACCAAAAGAUUCUGUCGAAAAUUAUCGAGGAGACAGACUAUGUAGCAGUGCUUUUCUGUCCGGAUCACAAAAGUUGCGGUCCCUCAAACAACAAGCCGGAGUGUAAGAAAUGUGCGAAGGCUCUACAAGAGUUGGAGAACAUUGACGACGAGGCCGACCAGCUCGGGAUUGGUUUCGUGAAGAUCCACGACGAGGAAUUGGCCGAGGAGUACAGUCUUGGAGAACUGCCAAGACUGGUCUACUAUAGGCAUCAAAUACCUAUUAUCUAUGAAGGUGAAUUGAGCAAGGAAGAGGACGUGCUGGAGUGGCUGAUUGCCAACAAGUCUACCGGCGAUGAGGAGGACGUCAUCGAAGACGUAACAGCCAAGACCUUGAAUACUCUGAUUAUCAACGUCGAUCAUCUUGUUGUACUCUUUUACGACCACGGCGACGAAGAAUCAAUGACUGUUCUGAAUGAGUUGGAGAAGAUAGACGAUGACUGCGACCGUCACGGGAUCCAGUUCGUCAAGAUCGACGACCAGAAGGCGGCGCGAGCUUUCGGCAUUGAUGACCUACCCUCCAUAGUCUACUUCGAGAAGCAAAUACCAAAUGUUUAUGACGGAGACCUUGAAAACGAAGAAGAAAUCUUAGAGUGGCUUGUAGACCAACUAGAGAAGGAUGAAAUUGAAGAUGUCACCGAUGAAAUGCUGGACCGGCUCAUCAAGGACGGGAAAACUGUCGCCGUGUUGUUUUAUGACAACAACGAUCGUAGGUCACAGAAAGUGCUCAACGAAUUGGAAAAUAUCGAUGACGAAUGCGAUCAGCUCGGCAUUGCGUUUGUGAAAAUUGACAACGACGAGGAAGCCAAAGAAUACGGCAUCGAAAAGAUACCGACGCUUUUGUACUUUGAAAAGGGAAUACCCACGUACUACGAAGGAAACCUUGAAGAAGAGGAAAAAGUAUUAGAAUGGUUGCAACAUCAAGCCGAGAGUGACGAAAUCGAAGACAUCACCGACGAGAUGCUGGACCUCAUCAUUGAGAAGAUGCCGUACGUGGCCGUCUUGUUCUACGACAAGGACCAAAAGAAAAGCCAAAAGGUCCUGGUUGAGUUGGAGAACAUUGAUGAUGAAUGCGAUCAAAAUGACAUCGCCUUCGUGAAAAUAGAUGACGACAAAGAGGCCAAAGAGUAUGGCAUUGAAACCAUCCCUACCAUGGUGUUCUUUGAAAAGGGUAUCCCACAUAUUUAUGAAGGUGAUUUGAUGAAGGAAGAAGAGCUUCUUGGAUGGUUGCUGCAUCAGAAACGGCACAGUGAAAUCCCUGAAGUCACGGACGAAAUGAUGGACAAACUCAUCGAAACAACUCCUUAUUUGGCGGUUAUUUUCUAUGACAAAGACGACAAGCAAGACAUCAGGAUCCUCAAUGAACUUGAGAACAUCGACGAUGAAUUAGAGAAAGAAGGCAUCGUUAUUGUGCGUAUGGACAACGAUGCAGAAGCCAAAGAAUACGGCAUAGAUCAUCUGCCCACGCUGGUCUACUUCGAGGAGCAUAUCCCGGCGAUAUACGAAGGCGACCUCAUGAACGAAGACGAAGUGCUGGAAUGGCUGAUCGAACAGAAGAACAGCGCGACCAUCGAGGAAGUCACCGAUGAGAUAUUAGUCGAUCUUAUUGAAGAGCACGAAUAUGUUGUCGUGUAUUUCAGCGGUAACUGCGAGGAAGGCGAGGAAUGCGACAACAUCUUGGAUGAACUGGAGAAUAUCGACGACGAGCUUGAUGAGACCGGCAUUAUCUUCGUGACCACCGAGGACACCAGCUUAGCCAAGAAGUACGGCAUCAAGACGUUCCCGACCCUCGUGUUCUUCAGGAACAAGGAUCCGUUAGUCUACAAAGGUGACAUCGAAGACGAAGAUGAAGUAUUGGCGUGGUUAACUGACGAGAACACAUUGGAAAUUCCUGGCAAAAUUGAAGAGGUCAAUUCUAAAAUGCUUGAAAAGAUUCUAGAAGAGAACGAUCACGUCGUUGUAUUCUUCUACAAAGAAGGUGACAAGAAGUCUCAAAAGAUUCUAAGCGAAUUGGAAAACAUUGACGACGAGUGUGAAGAAAAAGACAUCGACUUUGUCAAGACAUCAGACAACGGCAUCGACAAGGAAUACGACCUCCCAGAAUUACCAGCCUUGGCUUUCUACAGGCACAAGUUCAGGACCAUCUACGAAGGAGACUUGAUGCACGAAGAAGCUAUCUUAAAGUGGGUUUUAGAUCUGCACGAUUCACAACCGGAUAUCAUUGAAAACGUCGACAGGAAGACUCUUAAGAACCUAAUCAAUGAUGUUGAACAUUUGGCCGUUUUCUUCUACAGUGAAGAUUGUGACACGUGCGACGACAUCCUGGUGGAGCUGGAGACUAUUGAUGACGACACUGACAAGCACGGCAUCCAAUUCGUAAAGUCAAAGGAUUCUAAGCUAGCUACCGAUAUAGGAAUAUUCAGUUUCCCGGCUUUGGUUUAUUACGAAACUGGUGUUCCGAUUAUGUACGACGGAGAUCUUUUGGACGAAUCUGAGGUACUCGACUGGAUGGUGAAACAAAAAGAAGAUGAAAGCAUUGAAGAAAUAGACAGAGAUGAAUUGUUCAAAUAUAUCGAAACGAAAGAGUUUUUAGCCGUUAUAUUUUAUAAAGAAGACGACCCAGAAAGCCCAAGAGUUCUGAGGCACGUGGAGCUGAUAGACGACGAAGCGGCUCAGUACGGUAUCAAAAUCGCAAAAUGCAGCGACAAAUUGAUGGCCAAGAAAUACGGCUUCCGCAAUCCGCCGGGCAUUACCUAUUUCAGAAAAACUAAAUACAUUAAUUACGAUGGCGACAUUGACGACGAAGAAGAGAUAUUGGACUGGCUGACGAAUCCAGAAAACAUGGAGCUGACUGAUCACAUCGAGAAAGUUAAUAGGAAAAUGUUUCAGAAGAUAAGACAAACGUCGGAUUACGUUGCUGUGUUCUUUUACAGUAAUGACUGCAAGCAAUGCCCUAGAGUGCUGGCCGAGAUAGAGCAUAUCGACGACGACGCUGACGCUGCAGGAAUCAACUUUGUGAAGAUCGACGACAGACAAAUGGCCAAAGAGCACGGCGUGUUCGCGCUGCCGGCCGUCCUGUUCUUCAAGCUGGGCUCCAAGGAUCCUGUUAUAUACGCCGGUGACCUAUACGACGAGCAGCAACUGUUGAGUUGGUUGCUGACCCAAAAAAAUCCAGCCGGAGACGUGAUCGAGGCUCUCGAAGGCCAAGAGCUACUCGAUUUGAUACAAGAGUCAACAUCAUUGGCGGUUUACUUCUGGAACAAAACGAUGUGCGAAAUAUGCAAUUAUAGAGCUAUGAGAAAAUUGAAAAAGAAAGAGAGGGAACUUCAUGAGGAUGAAGGACUGGAAACAGAGGAUCUGGAACUUCCAGACGGUCCUGACUGCGAGCAGUGCGCCGGCAUCUUGGAGGAGCUGGAGAACAUCGAUGACGACUGCGACAGACACGGCAUUAAGUUCGUUAAGACCCAAGAUUAUUCCAUAGCCGAGUCAUACGGCGUAACAGAUUUUCCAGUAUUGGUCUACUUCGAAAACAACAUACCUAAUGUGUACGAAGGAUCUCUGACUGAGGAAGAGGAAGUUUUACAAUGGCUGAUUACACAGAAGACUGAAGAUCGUAUUGAACUUAUUACUAGGGUGAUGCUGGAAAAAAUGGUUGAAGAAACGCAAUAUCUGGCCGUAUACUUUUACAAAAUUAAUUGCCACAUAUGUGAACACAUACUCGAAGGUUUGGAGAGCAUUGAUGAUGAAUGUGACGUGUACGGGAUACAUAUGGUCAAGAUCCAAGAUCCGCAACUAGCCAAGCGAUACUCCAUAAAAACUUUCCCUGCUAUGGUCUAUUUCAGGAACGGCAAUCCGUUGCUGUUUGAAGGUGAUCUACAGAACGAAGAGUCUAUUUUGGAGUGGCUCAUCGAUGACGACAAUCGGGAACUAGCUGAUGAAAUUGAGUCCGUCAAUGAUCGCAUGCUGGAGAGGCUGCUGUACGAGUCACACUUGCUCGCUGUGUUCUUCUAUGACGAUGAAGAUUGUCCCGAAUGUCACGAGAUCCUAGAGGCUCUGGAGCAGAUAGACGGCGAGGUGGACCAGUACGGCAUCGACUUCGUGAAGAUCGCCAGCCCGGAGGCCGCGGCCGCCCACAACAUCAUCAACAUACCCUCGCUCGUGUACUUCAGGAAGCAGGUGCCGAUGCUGUACGACGGCGAUCUGCACCAGGUCGACAAGGUCCUGCAGUGGCUCACUUCCCAGGACGUCUUCGAGAUUAAGAACGAAAUCGAAGAAGUCAACAGGAAAAUGUUAGACAAACUCUUAGAGGAGAACGAGUUCUUGGCGGUUUAUUUCUAUGAGAAGUCAACAGAAAGUCGCGCGGUUCUAGACAAGCUGGAGAACAUUGACAGCGAAACUGAUAACUUGGACAUAACCUUCGUUAAAAUGCAAGACCCGAGAUACGCUCGGAAGUGGGGGGUGACUAAACUGCCAGCCAUAGUCUACUUCAGGAAGAGAUUCCCCAGCAUCUACCGAGGUGACCUCAUGUCAGAGGAGGAGGUCCUGGAAUGGCUGCGGAAGAACAGGUUCCGUCAGCCCGAGCUGAACAUAUUCAUGUACGCGCUGCUGGCGCUCUCCGUGGCCUUCAUCAUGUACACCGCCUUCCUGCUGCAAUGCUUCAAGGCGACGCCUCCAGCUCAAACACAGCACCCGAAACAAGCGUGAGGUCUGGUCGGUGUCUCACGGUCGCCUUGUCCGUGAGGCCUGUUGUGUUACUGCAUCGCUCCUUCGAUACCAAUGAUGGUAUUUUGGAAGUUCUAAAAUUGAACGUUUGUGUACUAUUUUCUUAAUUCUCGUUAAAUGCGUGGAGCGGUUAUUUCUAUUAGAUUCUUUGAAUUAUGUUAGUUAUACAAGUUCUUGGGAUCAAAUUAAUAGGAAAUAGAUUUGUUAGACAUCGUGUGCUUCGCAGAGAACUGUUGCAGAAACAAAAUGGCCAUAUAAUGUAAAUUGAUGUUGUUCGAAUGUCCUCUUUAAGACUGUCUUGUUCUUCAAUAGCUGAAUUUAUCUUUAAGAUUAAGUGUUCGUUUUAUUUUUACCUUAAGUACUUGUAUUAUUUUGCAAGGUGUAGGAGUACCUUAAAUUAUUAUCUUAAUUAUUAUUUCUCAAAUCAUGUCUUGAGCAACGACAAUAGAAUGUAUCUAUGUUAACAUAGUCUAUUUCAAAAGUGUAAUUCGUUUUACUUAUUAUUUUGUAUACUUUGUGUUUGGACUAUUUAAUCAAAUAAUUACUGGCGAUGGUUUGUUUUACCCCUUGGUUUGUCGAUAUUUGUGAAGGAUUACAAGUUUUGGUCAUCAAUAAAACAAAACUUGCGACAUAAAUAUUUAUAAUCGUAAUUAUAUUAAUAGCCCCUCAUUUUGAUCCACUUUCAUACCACUUCAAGACGCGUUUUUAAAAUUAUUUUUAAUAUUAGCGUAUUAGUCUUCCGUGAAUUCACUCGCAAAGUUUUCUUGCUUUUGUACCUAUUUAAGGCUUCGUCAAACAGAACGCGUAAUUAGCGCGCGUCCGGGCGCUAAACUGACGGCGCGCUAUGACGCCGAGAUGUGUAGUAGGUACUACUAUGGUAAUAUACUGUCAAACAGCCCUAACGCCGCGACAGAGCGUUGCGUAUUUAUAGAGCUGGGGCUCUGUUUGACGGUAUGUUACCAUAGUAGUACAACGCAUCCCGGCGUCACAGCGCGCUGUCAGUUUAGUGCCCUGACGCGCGCUAAUUACGCAUUCUGUUUGACGAAGCCUUAACGACUGUAAAUGUAUGCUUCAAAAAUGAGAUACGCUAAUUUAAGAAAUCCUGAAAUUUGUUUCUAUAACGUCAGUUUCGUAGUUUAAAUGUCCAAAUUACUUGUAUUUUUGUUGGAGUUCAGUUUCUGCGUGUCUGUCCAAUGGGCGGGACUUGGACGCCCGCGUGACCGUUUCAAGGAAAAUAUAGAAAAUAAAACAGAGUGAAAUGGGAACACGCCCGAAACAUUCUAUAUCAUUCCCGCUCGUGUAUAAUAUCGAUUUUUAAUUAUAUUUAAACCUACAGGUUAUACUCGUAUGUAUUAUAUAUCAUAGUUUCAUUUUAAGAUCGUGUGAAAAACGCUUGAAACACGACAAAUAUAUUUUAUAACUACGACACAUUUGACAGGUUGCAUGUUUUUUUUUAAAUUUGACCACACGUAAGUACAUUAUUUAGAGAUCUAUCACGCAAUUUUGCUAAAUACAGGCGUUUUAAAAGGAAGAUCUCCGAUCUAGUGUUUUGACAAACUGAAGAAGAUUUUAAAAUACAUUAAAUUUCUAGUUUAAUAUCACGUUCAUCACUUUCAUACCACAACUCCGAACGGAUCCAAAACUAUUGUAUUCAUAAUCUCUACGACUCAAUCAAUUUGAUUUAAUAUUUGUAAAGUUAACAACUUGGCGUCGCUCAGUGGAGCAGGAGCUAGGGGUCUAGGGCAUGACGUGGGAGGAGCUAGAACAGACUGCCCAAGACCGAUGUAAAUGGAAAAAUUUGAUUCGAGCCCUACACCCCUGCAGAGGAAUGAUGAUGAUGAUUUGUAAAGUUAUAAUUGCGUAUCAAGCAAGUGUUCCGAAUGCAUAGUCGCUCGGACAGAGGUAUCGGAGUUGCUGGGUUCCUAUUAAUCUGAUAUAAAGUUACAUAAAACCUUAUAGCUAAAAGCGUUUAAAAUUAAAAAUUGUUUUAUAGUAACGUAAAUAAGUAAUGUACGUCGGAUCCCGUGUGACGAGCUCAAUCGAGUGAAGCGUCUAUACAUCUGCGCUGUUAUAAUUAUAAUAAUGUAUAUAAAAAUUGUAAAUAUAUAAAUAAAUGAAUGUAGUGAA